AUGCCGGUUCCCACAGUUCGUCUCGCUUCUGGCGUCGAACUCCCUCGCCUUGCCUUUGGCACUGGUACAGCCCUGUUCAAGUCGAGUGCAGCCAAACAGGUCGAAGUCGCCCUGAAUGCUGGCUUCAGGUUCAUCGACUCCGCCGAAGUGUACGCUAACGAAGACUCUGCUGGCGAAGGCAUUGAGUCGUUCCUCAAGUCGUCGGGUCUCAAGCGCGACGACGUGUACGUGCUGACCAAGGUGGGCUACGAGGGUAUGAAGGAUCUGCAGUCUGCAGUCAAGGUCGAGUUGCAGAAGCUCAGGGUGAAGCAGUUGGACGCGUACCUGUUGCACUUCCCGCCUCGGGGUAAGAAUGGACUCCCGAGCAAUGUUGAUGCUUGGAAGGAGUUGGAGAAGAUCAAGAAGGCCGGCUUGACCAAGAGCAUCGGCGUGAGCAACUGGCUGGCUAGCGAUUUGCAGCAGCUUCUCGAUGCCGGUCUGAGCGUACCGGAUAUUAACCAGAUCGAAUUCCAACCGUACAUCUACUCGCACGCAGAGUAUGUCAAGCUUCUUGCACUGCAGAAGAAGCACGGCAUUGUCACUAUGACCUACGCUGCUCUCGCCCCCUUCUACAAAAAUGCCAUUCCCGAGGAUGGUCCGCUGCACAAGGCUCUCACUUCGGUCGCCUCUGCCAACGCCAAACGAACCACCGCCAGCGUGUUGCUGCGAUGGGCCUUCCAGCGAUCCGAGGGUAUCAUCACCACGACUACCAGCAAGGAGUCGCGUGCCAAAGAGUAUCUCGACCAGCUCGACACUGCCAAUGACGCCGAGCUCGGACUGAGCGAGCAGGAGCUCAAGCAGAUCGACGAGGCUGGUAAGGAACAUGGUCCUGAAAAGUUCUACCUCGCUAACCUGCUCCAGGCUUAG